GUUCUUGCACGCUGCAGGUCGGGACUCUAAAUACAUUUCAUAGUUUAUCAUUAUCGAUACAAGAACAGAAACUUCAUAAUAGAGUGUGAAUAGGAAAUGGCUACAUUUAGAAAGUUUAUUGAUAUUGGGGCUAACCUAACAGACGCUAUGUAUACAGGGGUCUAUAAUGGCAGCAUGAAACAUGAAUCUGAUAUUCAAGAAGUUCUCAAAAGGAGUUGGGAUGCCGGUCUAUGUAAAAUUAUUUUAACAGGUGGUAAUGUUCAAGAGAGUAAAAAGGCCCUAGAACUUGCCCAAAAUGAGGAUCGGUUGUAUUGUACAGUUGGUUGUCAUCCAACAAGGUGUGGUGAGUUUGAAGAAAAUGGAGAAUCUCCAGCUGGAUAUUUAGAACAGCUGAAAAAUCUGAUAUCAGUAGGAAAAAACAAAGUAGUAGCCCUAGGUGAAUGUGGGUUAGAUUAUGAUAGACUGAAAUUCUGUUCAAAGGAUGUACAGAAAAGAUAUUUUGAGCUACAGUUGACAAUGUGUGAAACUGUUAAUUUGCCUCUCUUCUUACACUGUCGAAAUGCAGCAGAUGAUUUGUAUGAAAUUCUUGUUAAAUAUCCAAAAUUAAGAGGAGUUGUACAUAGCUUUGAUGGCUCAGUAGUAGAAGCAAAACGUUUUAUUGAUCUUGGAUUAUUUAUUGGAUUAAAUGGAUGCUCUUUGAAAACCAAAGAUAAUCUAAGAACAGUUGAAACAUUACCAUCUGAUAGAAUUAUUUUAGAAACAGACUGUCCUUGGUGUGAAAUUAAGCCAUCCCAUGCAGGAUACUGUUUCAUCUCUGAGGAAAAUCGAUCUAUUCCUAGUGUAAAGAAAGAAAAAUGGACACCAAAUAACAUGGUUAAGGGUAGAAAUGAACCUAAUAAUAUCAGGCAAGUCCUUGAUAUUGUCGCAGGAGUCAGAAAUGAAGAUACCAGUAUUUUAUGUGAAAAAAUAUACCAAAAUACUUUGUCAUUAUUUUUUCCAAAUGAAAAAUGAAUAAAUUAUACAUUUUUGU